CAAAAUCGAGAAGGCGAAGAAGAAGAGAAGAAGAAGAUAGGGAAGAAACAGCGCCGUGUUAUUAAGGUUGGUAAUUUCCGUGUCUCUGUGUCUUGGCUUCUCUUUUCUUCUGUUAUUGUCUGAAGAGUCUCUGUGUGUUUGUGUUUUGAGUGGAGAUAAGCUUUUGAGAAGAGUGAAAGAAGAUGGUGAUGGAUUCAUCAAAAUGGUGGUGGAUUGGAAACCACAACACGACUAAUUUCUCUCCAUGGCUUCACUCUACUCUCUCUGAGUUGGAUGAGAAGACAAAGGAGAUGCUGAGAGUGAUCGAUGAGGAUGCGGACUCUUUCGCCGCACGAGCCGAGAUGUAUUACAAGAAAAGGCCUGAGCUCGUUGCUAUGGUCCAAGAUUUCUACCGCUCGCAUCGCUCCUUAGCCGAGAGGUACGACUUGUUGAGACCUUCCUCUGUGCACCGACACGGCUCAGAGAAGAGUCGUCAUGAGAAGUCAUCAACUUGGGAUGAGUCUUCUUGGUCCGAGGCGUGCGAGACUCAUGAGGAGUACUACGCUGAGUCCGAAGUCGAUGACGGUGAAGACAAAUGGGUCGAUGAAGGUGAGGAAACGGAAACAUCCCGAGUUGAUGAUGGGAUGAUGAAGGAAGAGGUAGAGAGGCUGAGAGAGGAGAAUAAGGUUUACAGUGAGAUUGUAAGGGAGAAAGAUGAGGAGAAGAGAGAAGCUAUAAGGCAGAUGAGUUUAGCGAUUCAAAUGCUCAAAGAAGAGAACUCGGAGCUGAAGAGAUGUGUUUCUAACGUUGUUGCAAAGCAUAAUGAUAAGGAGAGUGAUGUGUCUCAGAGGAAGCAACAGAUGUGGAAGGCGUUUGAGUUUAACAAGCUUGAAGGGUUGUUUGGGAGAGUAGUGGGCAAUUGGGUCGUCCCAAAGACGGAUCCUACUACUUCCAGAGAGCUCAUGACUCUUUAAAAAAAAAGAAACAGAGAGGUCUGUGCGAUCAUAGCAGCUUUCCCUAAAGAUCUUUGUAGUCUGUGAUAGGUAAGAGUAUACUCAAGUAGUUAGUGUAAGGCCUCGUAAGAUUAUAGUUAAUAGCUAAGUCUAUGCAUGUUUGUUUUACAUUUGAUGUAGUUCUUUCUUUGCUUAUUUAUUCGUUCUUUCGUUUGGAAAAUCAUUUUUUUUGUUCUUUUAUUUUGCAAGUUCUUUUUCUGUGUGUACUAAGUGAUUACAGUGGCUUGUUUGUUUAAAAGUCUUGACCAUUGUUGUUUUUAUUUUGGUCAACAUAAUAUAUUAUUAAGAGAACCAA